GAAAAGUGUCAAAAUGAUUGCCGUGCCGACGAAAGGGCACUAUUUAUUUAAAUAAUUUCAAUAUCAUUAAAAAGAUUUCUCUCAACGAUGGUGCCUUUAUAAUAUAGUGUUGAUUGGCCGCUGCUAUGGAAAAAGACUCUGUGGAGUUUACACUGCCGCCAGCCCCUCGGGGACUGUGCUUCGAUAGGAAUGAUUUCGUCAAGACAAACUUUUCUGUCGACAAUUUCCUGGACGAGCAUCAGAACGCGGCCUCCUUAGAGACAAUGAGGGAUGAUCUAGGAAUGUACCUGAAGGUCCUAAGGCUGGCUAUGAUAGAGCUUAUAAACAAGGACUAUGCUAAUUUUGUCAAUUUAUGUGCCACAUUAAUCGGAUUUGAUAAGGCGAUCGACAAAAUUCAAAUGCCUCUGGAACAAUUGAAUGAAGAACUCUUGAGUGUUCAACAUUGUUUAGAAAAAGCCAUGAAGGAGCUCUCGAUGUGGUUGAACCAAAGGCAUGGACUACAAAAGAAAAAGCAACUCCUCAAAUAUUAUAGCCAAACUGUCAAUUGCAUAAAAACUUUAGAAAAUAUCUUGCAAAAUAUAUCUGAUAAGAAGAUUCUAGAACAGGUUGCGUUAACAGACCGAGCUGCCAUGCAAUAUAAUCAGCUAAAGUUCAGCAUAGCUAAGUGUGAAAGUUUGACCAAACCGGAGCAAAAAGACCAAUUCAACGAUAUAGGCGGCAAACUAGUACAGACCUUAAAUAAAUUGCUGUUUCAAUUUUGGAAUGACAAUGACGGAGAGAACCUUCUUAAAAUAUUAGUAACACUAGCGUCACUUGACCGCAUUCCUGAAACUGAAAUGCUUAUAAGAAAGCAGGCUGUGGCACCAUUAUUGCAGGAUAUAAUCAGUGAAUCUUCUCUCCAGAGGAGUCCUGAGGGCCUUGAGGGGAUCUACAAUAGAAUUUUGUCACUUUUAGACACCAAUCUCAAACUACUUCUUACUGUAACUGCACAUUCCAAGCUGACAUUUCUUAUGAGGAAAUAUAGAUUUUUAGUCAACUGCUUCUGGUGCGAAGUAGAGUCUAGACUUGAAGUAAAUUUGUCUUCUAUUUUUGCUCCUGGCAACCCUCAGAUUUUUUACAAGAGAUACAACGAGAGCAUGCAUUUCAUAAGGAAGCUAGAAGAGUAUUGUACUGAUGAGGCAACAGUGACGUUAAUGCACGAGACAGCAGAAUACAAAAGUUUUCUAAGGAGGUGGAAUCUACCUGUUUACUUCCAGAUACGAUUUCAGGAAAUUGCUGGAAAAUAUGAAGUGUCACUACAUAACAAUCCCACAAUUGAAAAUAGCAACAGUUUUAUAUUGAAAGAGACCCAGGCUUGUUGGAGGGCCCUCCAAGAGUGCUGGGCGGAAGGCGUGUAUAUAGAUGCUCUUGCGCACAAAUUUUGGAAGCUGUCUCUCCAAUUACUGUCGAGAUAUGCACAUUGGGCCAGUGUAUUUUGUGUGCAGAGAAAUGAUUCUCCAAAGAUCGAGCCUAUGAGUGUAAAUAAGAUUUUAAUUAGCAACAGUAUUAGCAUCUAUUUAGACAUACAAUCGUUACAGCAACGAUUACCACAAUUCCUGUCUCUUGUUGAGUCAAAGAUAAGCACCCAAGCUAUAGCAAUUUUAAAGCCCAGUUUGCUCCAUUCAGAAAAUGCAUUGCUAGCUACGAAAGAUAAAAUCAAAGAGUGUAUUGUAAAUGAAAUGUCUGAUUAUUGCAAGGUACAGUUGAAACAAGUGAGUGAUAUACCAAGAUUGUACCGAAAGACCAACAGGAGUGUACCGACUAAGCCAUGUGCCUAUAUCGAUGUAGUGUCAAAUGCAAUACAAGAGUUUAACGAAGACGCUUCUAAGAAGUUAGAUAAUGCGUUUUUGGUUGGAUUGUAUGAAGCGCUUUUUAAUGUUAUGACUGUUUCAUAUUACAAAUACGUGGAAGAUGUACUGACAUCCGUGCAGAAAACUGAAGACUCGCUUAGAAGACUGAAGCAGAUCAGGGAGAAGAUGUCACAACAAAGCACGGACUCCAACACCGUCACAGACGGAGACAAGAUCAGGCUCCAAGUUAACGUGGACGUGGUCUCCUAUGGGAAAAUAGCCGAAAGCCUAAUGGUCAAUGUAAAUUGUGUGCACCAGUUCCCAGAACUAUUAUAUAUGGUAAAGGAAAGUGUAAAAAAUAUAGAUAUUAAAUGAUAUGCCCAGUUAUACAGCAAUAUUUGUUUUC